CGUCCGCACGGACCCUCGGCCCCGCCGCUCUCUUUACUCUCCCCGGCCCCCGCCCUCCUCCCGUGGGGUUACAGCAGCCCCCGCUCCCCGUGAUACGGAAAUACAGGGGCAGGCCGCUUUGGAUGCGGAACCGAUGUGCUGGGGUGCGCCGCAUCGUUUCUGUAGGGAACUACUUCCGGUAGGGGCAGGCGCUCGGCCGGGCCGGGCGUCUGACUCUCUUCCGCCCUCACGAGCGGGAGGUGGCUGGGGAUUGGGCCUGUGAGGGCACGUGGGGUCCAGCUGCCCCCUCCCUUUCUGUGUCCCACCAUCCGGGGAAUGGGCCAUGAAGACGGGGCUUCCUUCCUGCUGUUGUUACUGCUGUGGAGCCGGCUGGCCGGCCGGGGAGGGGCCACAGCCGGGCCAGGCUCCCCGUUCCUAGGGCGGGGCUGCAGCGUCCCGCAGGGGGCCUCGCUUACUGGGAGCUGUGAGAGCAACUCCCCCUUCCCCCCUCCCCCCAGCGCCAAGGAGCUGGGGUUGUGACUCCCCUCCCCCCAGCGUGUUAGGGACCCCCCCCCGGAGCUACCCUGGGAGCUGGGACCCAUUGUGACACCCUCCCCCGCCCCCCCCAUCCUAUUCCCCCUCCCUCCACAGAGAGGUGGGAUUGUGACACCCCCUCCCCCCCACAUCUCCUCCCUGGAGACACCCCCCCCAGAAGUGAGGCACGCGACUCCCUCACUCCUAAGGUGGGAGCUGGGAAUCGCCCCUUGAGUUAUGACCCUCCCCAACUCUUUGGCUCCCUGGUAGCUGCUGGCACCAGCAACUGUGGAAGAUCCCUGGGAUUGUGUGGAUCCCCCUUUUUGGCUCCAACAGGAGGUACUGGUGCUGCUGCUAGAAGUUGGGCUUUCUCCCCCCCCCCCCGAGCUAGUUAGUUGCCAGGGUCAUUCCCAAGCCUGUACCAACCUCAGAGAAACAUGGAGUUUGCAGAGCUAAUCAAGACACCACGAGCAGAUAAUGUGGUCUUGCACCGUCCCUUCUAUCCAGCAGUGGAAGGGACGCUAUGCUUGACUGGCCAUCACCUCAUCCUCUCAUCUCGGCGCCAGGACAAUGCUGAGGAGCUGUGGCUGCUGCACUCAAACAUUGACUCUAUUGAAAAAAGGUUUGUUGGCUCGUUAGGCACCAUCAUUAUAAAAUGCAAAGAUCUGAGGAUUAUUCAACUGGAUAUACCCGGAAUGGAGGAGUGUUUGAACAUUGCUAGCUCUAUUGAGGCAUUGUCCACCCUGGAUUCUGUCACACUAAUGUAUCCCUUCUUUUACCGGCCCAUGUUUGAAGUUGUCGAAGAUGGCUGGCACUCCUUCCUGCCUGAGCGAGAGUUCGAACUUCUCAGUUCAUUAACGACUGAAUGGCGGCUGAGCUAUGUCAAUAAGGAGUUCUCUGUCUGCCCCUCCUAUCCACCAGCUGUCACUGUCCCAAAAUCAAUUGAUGAUGAGGCCCUUCGGAGAGUUGCAACCUUUCGCCAUGGUGGCCGCUUCCCCGUUCUAAGCUAUUAUCAUAAGAAGAAUGGGAUGGUAAUGAUGCGGAGCAGCCAGCCUCUCACAGGUACUAAUGGGAGACGGUGUAAGGAAGAUGCAGCGCUUAUUAAUGCCACCUUGAGGGCAGGAAAGCGUGGCUACAUCAUUGAUACCCGUUCCCUGAAUGUUGCUCAGCAGGCCAGAGCCAAAGGAGGCGGCUUUGAGCAGGAAGUGCAGUAUCCUCAGUGGAGGCGAAUUCACAAAUCUGUUGAGAGGUAUAACAUUCUGCAGGAAAGCCUCAUCAAACUUGUGGAAGCUUGCAAUGAUCAAUCGCACAACAUGGACCGCUGGCUUAGUAAGCUGGAAGCCUCCAACUGGCUGACUCACGUUAAAGAGAUACUAACUGCGGCUUGUCUGGCUGCUCAGUGCAUUGACAGGGAAGGAGCAUCAGUGUUAGUUCACGGGACUGAAGGAACUGAUUCUACGCUCCAGAUAACUUCUUUGGCUCAGAUCAUCUUGGAUCCAAAGUGCAGGACCAUACAUAGCUUUGAAGCUCUUGUUGAGAGAGAGUGGCUGCAGGCUGGUCACCCAUUUCAGCAGCGCUGUGCUCAGUCUGCCUACUCCAACAGCAGGCAGAAAUGGGAGUCCCCCGUGUUUUUCCUUUUCUUGGACUGUGUGUGGCAGAUCCUCCGUCAGUUCCCUUGCUCUUUUGAAUUCAAUGAACACUUCCUCAUCAUGCUCUUCGAACAUGCCUACGCCUCACAGUUUGGCACGUUUCUGGGCAACAACGAAAGUGAAAGGUGUAAACUGAAGCUGCCACAGAAGACUAUGUCCUUGUGGUCUUGGGUGAAUCGGCCUCAAGAACUGAGCAAAUUCAAGAAUCCUCUGUUUGAGGCCAACAGUCUCGUCAUCUGGCCUUCUGUCGCACCACAGAGCCUGCAGCUUUGGGAAGGUGUCUUUCUCCGUUGGAAUAGGUCCUCCAAGUUUCUGGACGAAGCCUAUGAAGAAAUGAAUAACAUCAUAGAGUACAACAAGGAACUUCAGGCAAAAGUCAAUGCACUGAGGAGGCAGUUAGCAGAACUGGAAACGGAUGACGGGAUGCAGGAAAGCUCCUGAGAUCUUACAAGGCUUUGGCACCAGGUCUUUCCUUUCAACUCACCUUUACACUAAAGACUAAACAGAGAAUGUGCAUGUGUUGCAGGACCCUCUGGUGCAAUUGCUUGUCAACCCUUCACUGCUGAAACCCUCACUUUACACUAUCUACAUCUCUUCCGUUUGGGAUGGGUCUCUUGUGUUUUUUGUUUACAGGGGAAGUGCACUAUUCAGCAUAGUGUUCUCUCUUGACCGUUGCUGUCUUUAAUAAAUUGUGUACAGUUUCAGCAUAAGCUUUGUCUCUUACCUCUGUCAAAGUUUGUACAGACCAGGAUAGGUCAGGAGAUGGAUGCGUUAUGUUUAAGUUGGGGACCUUUUUUUGACCUCUAAACACUUAUAAAUAAGAGUAUUAAAUAUUUUUCCAAGUGGUCAGUGAAGGCAUUUUUGUCUAAGGUGCCUUUUUUGAGAUUAGUUAAGGCAGUGUUGUGUUCAGUGAUGCUCAUUUUUGGUUCUGAUGUUCUAUGUUCCUUUUAUCCAGAAAGGCAGGGUGAGGAUUCAGAAGGGGUAUAAACUGCUUCCAGUUUCUGGCAAUUACAUGAAACCUCCUGUAGACUUGACAAAUGAGCAUAUGGCAUUUGAAUUAAGGAACCGGAAUUGGCUUGCUUGGGACUACUUGAAACAGGAAACAGGGUGAGAAUUUUGUAUGCAGUAUAGAACUCAUAAGGAUUGUUCUGCCAGGCUCUCUGCCUUGGCUUUCAGUUGCAUUGUCUGUGUGUGUCAUGGGCAAGUAUUUCCGAAGGGAUAAAAACUAUUUAUAUCGCACCUGGAAAACAAACAGGGCAAAUAGCUAGCAGAGGCAUUCCUUUGUUAGUGAUUUAAACUAGUAACUAUAGCCCACUGCCCUCUUUGGAAGUUCUGAUUGCACUGGCCUUUUUUAAAGGUUUGAACUGAUUCAUUGUGAUGCUAAGAUACAAAAAUCCCCAUGCGUCCUUUUAAAAACACCCACUUUGCUCCAGUUGUAUUUUUGUCUUGCAUACUUUUGCUAGGCCUUUUAUCUGCUUUGGUAAAAAUUGGAGUUGAAUGUGGUCCAGCAACAUCUUAGAAAUGUGUUAUCGAUUACAAUUUAUAGCUGCUAAAAAAACUGCUUGCAGUGUCUGAUUCUCCAUGUUAAAAAUGUUUGAUUUCUAUGGCUACUUUCUGCAUUUCUGUGGUUAGUCUGUGCUUUCAUCAACGUUUUUUCAUUUUUUCCACCUUUUAAAAGGGACAGUCAAGGCUAGGCCUUGAGUAUUAUUUAACUUACCUAGACAGUUCCACUUGAUUCCACAUAGCUUGGUGUUUGUCUGUAGAACAAUUAUUUUCCCCUAAAGGAAGUGGAGGGCAGUCUCUUCAACCCACAAGGAUCCUUUCCUCCUCCUCUCCCUGGCUAAGCACCUCCUAGAAGAGAGUGAUAAGUCAGGGAGGAGCCUAGUAACCUGCUAUGUGGACCCGGCUGACUGAAAACAUUGUUGUUGGGAUGUAGGAGACCAGCUGAGGAUGCUCCUAGAAUUCCCUCAAGUUAUUCCCAAGAGGCAUUGUCGUAUAUGGCGAUCAGAUGGGAUGGAUCUCGGGUCCAGCCCCUAGCAAAGGAGCAGCUGCAGGCUGCUUUAUGCGCCAUGUCGUAGCCUUUACUACAGGAAGUAAUAUGUAUUGCUCGCUGCAGAGCCCAGGACCAUCUGAGCAUCAGCCGCAAGGAAGGCUAUUAUCUGUCCGAUUGGUCCAUGGGGACGGCAGUGGCAUGCGUUCGCCAGUUUGCUUAUAGCACAGCUUGACAGAAAUCUGGCUUUAAGGUGGCUUCCUUAACUGAGAGCUGUAGCAAAAAUAGUUUAAUUAUUCUCUGCUUUUUUGCUGCAUUCAUCCCCAAAACUCCCUGCCUGGACUGUCAAAUGGGGCAACUAGACAAGUCCCUUAACAAUGAAGGUUUAAGAACGUUUUGAGUGGACAGCGACCAGUCACGUUAGUCUUAGCUGGAAAACAAGCCCUGAACGUAAACGUAUAACUUCCGAUUUUGUUUGGUUUUGUGACUUUAAGCCACAAUUACCCCAUCACUACUGUUGAGAUGUACAGAUGGAAAAAUGUUCCCAGUAAGGUAUGUGUUCCCUUUGGAGCUGGUACUGGAGGCUGUUUGGAAUGGAGGCUUAAAAUGAUUGUUUUUUGUUGUUGUUGGUUUUGGGGUUUUUUGUUUUUUAAAAAAAAACCUUAUAAACUUCAAAACCGCCAAGUCCAUAACUGGUCAUUACAAGAAAUAAACCAAACACAACUACUGGCCAAGGCAAAAGAGUAGGAGAUUUGAAGUUAAUCGGCCAAUGAGGCUGGAUGUUAGUUUAUUUUUUAAAGUGUUCCACAUUGGCCUAAUUUUGUUCCCAGUGAAGACAACAGGCAUAGAAUUAGACCAAUGUGGCACAUUCUAGGGUGCACACUGUGUGUUUAACUCAAUAUUUUACAGUAUUUUUAUUCUUAAAGUGAAUUGACUGGUGUGUUU